UUCCUCCUAUAAAAUACAACUCUCCACCACUACCUUCAACAAUGUCUCUGGCCCGCCUCCUCCUGCUCGUCCUGCCCCUCCUCUCCUUCCUCCUCCGCCCCGCCUCCGCCAUCCUCUGCCACCCCGAGGACAAGGAGGUCCUCCUCCGCAUAAAGUUCUCCCUCGACAGCCCCUACCUCCUCCCCUCCUGGAACCCGGACACCGACUGCUGCUACUGGUACGGCCUCAAGUGCCACCGCAAGACCCACCGCGUCAUCUCCCUCUUCUUAUUCGCCGCCGACCUCCCUGGCCAAAUCCCCUCCGCCAUCGGCGACCUCACUUACCUCCAAGACCUCACCCUCCACAAGCUCUCCAACUUCACCGGCCCGAUCCCAGAGUCCUUCACCAAGCUCAAGUACCUUAAUUUCUUGAGACUCAGCUGGCUCAAUCUCACCGGCCCAAUCCCCUCCUUCCUCGGCCAGCUCAAGAACCUCACCUACCUCAACCUCUCCUUCAACAAGCUUACCGGCAGCAUCCCCGACUCUCUCUCCACCAUCCCCGGCCUCGGCACCGUCGGCCUCGACCGUAACCAGCUCACCGGGAAGAUACCGGCUUCCCUUGCCAACCUCAAGGGUAACAACCUCUUCAUCCUCUCUCACAACAGCCUCUCCGGGGAGCUCCCGGCGACCUUCGCCGGCGUCGACUUCGGGAAGCUCGACCUUUCCCGGAACAGGCUUCAAGGGGACGCAUCGCUGGUGCUCGGAAGGAACAAGAGCACGUACCACAUCGACAUCUCGAGGAACCAGUUCGAGUUCGACCUGUCGAAGGUGGAUUUUAACGAGAGCUUGACGACCCUGGACAUGAACCAUAAUAAGAUAUACGGGUCGAUUCCGAAGGCUAUGGCGGGUCUGGAGCUCCAGCUCCUGAACGUGAGCUACAACCGGCUGUGCGGGGAGAUUCCGGUGGGCGGGCGGUUGCAGAGCUUCGAUUACACGGUGUACUUCCACAACCGGUGCUUGUGCGGUGCUCCUCUUGAUAGCUGCAAGUGAAAAACAGAACUGAGCCUAGCCGAUCUUUAAGAUUUGAGCGGACCAGUUUGUAAACUUGCGUUAUUUCAAUAACCAUGCUUUUAUCAGAAAACAAAAGGAGAAAAUAUUGGCUGAUCCUAGACGAGAAAAUAUUGGGUGGUCCGGGAACUCCACAUCACAUCAGCGUGGUCCCCGGCCACUCAUGAGGUGCCAUGUGGAGGGGUGGCCUCACUUGGUGUCUUCUGCCUUCUUCCCAUUCUCUCUCCUCUUCCUAGCCUGCCGACGCACUCUCUCCUCCUAGCCUGCACGCUCUGUCUCCUGUGCAACUCGUUUGGCUUCUAUCUCACUUCGCUGUCCAUCGCCGAUUGCCACCGCUAGUUCUUGUGCAAUUUUACUACUCAAGAACGGUUAACUAACAUUUACGAAUGGUGAUAGUUAAGGGCCAAAAUUUGAAAUCCACUGUAACGAAGGCGGUGGCACCCAAGGCGAACGUUGUUGCUGCCGCCAAGCCCAAAGCAACUAUGAAGCAGAAAGCUGUGACGGGUGUGAAGCCGAGAAGCUGAAGUUGAAGCCCGCAGCAAAAGCAGUGAAGACUUAUGCAAAGGCGAUGCCCGGGAAGAAAGCUGUAAAGAAGGUUGCUGCCGCGAAGGUGAAGAAGAAACCGGUGAAGAAGCCGAAAAGCGUGAAGCUGCUGGUGAAGAAGGCCAAGAAGGGGGUCGGUGCUGUGUAGGGGACGGGAUUUUAGACGAUGAUUUGGUUGUAUAUAGAAAAUGGUUUGGCAACAUUUGACAUAGCCCUUUUAUUUUUUUCUUUUUCUCUUGGCUUUUAAAUUGUGCUAACUCCAUUCUUGUUAGCGCAUGUUUCUAUGUAAGCUUCUACGGAAGAUUUUAUUAGAUGGUUGUGUUUGAUAA